CAGGGCUCUGUUGGGCGGGCAAAGGUGUAACCUUACCUGUACCCUCCCACAGUCAUGACUUUCAGGGAGGGGAAUUCCCAGGAAAAUAUUGCUCAAGGCUGGUUUUCUUGUGAGUUCUGCUUUAUUUAAGGAGUUCACAUCUGCUAAGAGGCAGGAUUCUCUCUCUUGGGGCUCAGAAAAUACCUUCCACUGCCCAGCAAGCAGCACAGGUCAGCUGUGACAUACAAGAAGAGAAAGAUUCCUCAGUCCCUCAGGGCAACAGAGGAACCCAACACGGAUACCUGGUAAGUGAUGGUACGAGUCCUAAGAUCUCUUCUCCUGCUGCUGUUGGGCCUACUAGGGCUACCAUGUUCUCUUUGGGCUCUAACCCCUUUUCAGAAGUUUAAAAUUCAGCACGUACAGUCAAAUCCUCAGUCAUGUGACCAGGACAUGAUUGCUGUCAACAACCUUGAUAAGACGUGUAAGGCUACAAACACCUUCCUGCACGAUGAUCUCCAGAAUGUGAUUGAUGUCUGUAAACUGCGUGCGACACGCUGCAAACAUGGCCAGUACAACUGCCACCAAAGUGCCACUCCUGUAAGAAUGACUAAGUGCUCGCUCAAAAAACCAAGCCAGUUUCCUAACUGCCACUACAGAGAUGCUCACAUCACCAAAAACUUCAUUGUGGCCUGUGACCCACCUCAGCCCAGUGACCCUCCGUAUCCCCGGGUUCCUGUGCACUUUGAUAGAAUUGUUGAAAGUUUUGACCAGUUUUGUCUGUCUUGACAGGCAGUUUCUAUUAUACUUUCCUCUGCUUUUUCUGUUUCUCCCUUUCCUUCAUCAUCUUCCUUUGGGAUUUUCUUGUUCCUUGCCAACCCUCACUGCACUGUAUUCUCAGCAAUAAAACAACUUCCUAUUGCAUUU